AGAAAAGAAAAGAAAAUAAAAAAAAACGAAGCAAAAAGUAAAACCAUAAUCCUCCCGAUUUUAUUUUUGCCUCGUUUUUCCAAGAAAAUGCUCCUUGCAUUUCCUCAGCACGAAUUUGCAGACUGAAAGGCAAUUUCGUCAUUUCAUCCCAUUUCCGUCUCCAAGAUCGUCUCUCCGAGAUGUCGGAUUCUUCUAGAAGAUUCGGAAUCGGCUACGCCCUCGCACCAAAGAAGCAGCAGAGCUUCAUCCAGCAAUCCCUCGUCAACCUCGCAAGAGAUCGCGGUAUCGAUCUUAUCCGCAUCGAAUCCGACCGUCCGCUUGUUGAUCAGGGGCCGUUCGACUGCAUCCUCCACAAAUUGUCCAGCGAUGGCUGGAAAUCCCAGCUCCAAGAAUACGCCACCAAGAACCCCGGCGUCUUUAUCAUCGAUCCGCCCGACGCGAUCCAACGGCUGCACAACCGCAUCUCCAUGCUCCAGGUGGUGUCCGAGAUACAGGUCCCGCAGGAGCACGAGACCUUCGGCAUCCCCAAGCAGAUCGUGAUGUAUGACUCUGCCACGCUUUUGGACCCUGGCGGCCUCCGCUUCCCUGUCAUCGCGAAGCCCCUGGUGGCCGAUGGCAGUGCCCGGUCCCACAAGAUGUUGCUUGUGUAUAAUCGCGAUGGGCUGAUCAAACUACGGCCCCCAAUUGUGCUGCAGGAGUUUAUCAACCACGGUGGGGUCAUCUUCAAGGUUUAUGUCGUCGGUGAUUAUGUCAAGUGUGUGAAGCGCAAGUCGCUGCCGGAUGUAUCUGAGGAGAAGCUCGACAGCUCCGAGGGGUCGCUGUCGUUCUCGCAGGUGUCUAACGUCACACCUCAAGAACGGACGGACGAGAACUACAGUUAUCUGCAUUUGGAAGACGCCGAGAUGCCGCCCCUGAGCUUCAUUACAGAUAUUGCGAGGGGGCUCCGGCAGGCCAUGGGCCUCCAUCUAUUCAAUUUUGAUGUGAUCAGAGACGUCAAGGUUGGAAAUCGGUACCUUGUUAUUGACAUAAACUACUUCCCAGGGUAUGCGAAAAUGCCGUCGUAUGAGACUGUCUUGACGGAUUUCUUUUAUGAUAUCCUUCAUCAGAAGAAGCCAAAGGAAUUGCCUAGCAGGUUGGAAAAACUGGAGGAUGGAGUUGUUGCAAGGAAUGAUAAUUGCUUUGAUGGGGAUGAUAAAUCUCUUCUUUCGCCCCAGAGCAGAGAAGGAAAGGUGAACCCUGGUGAACCCUAAGGAAAUGCACCCUGGCAUAUGCUGUGAUUGUCUGUGGGUUAUUGGUGGGUCGGCUGAAAGAGUGGGUCAAGGGCUUCUGCCACGUUUUGUGGUUUUUGAUUGGGCACCGUAAAGGCAAUUUCUCUGCUCUCUUGCUGGUUUUAAGGCGGAAGUGAGCGAAAUUCACUCAUCUUCUGUAUUGCAGCUGCAAGGUAGCGAAUAAAUAGGGUUCGGUGCGUUUUGGGUUUCUGCCUUUAUGACGGCUUUGUUUGGCAUUUCGGAUUGAACUUGUAUAUGCUGCCAUGGUGCCAGGAUAGGCCAUCAAGAAGGACCACCCACUAUAUGCGUGGACUUGAUUCACCAACCCACCAGCCACGUCUCAGGUAUCCAGUGACAAAUGCUCCUUCCUCGAUUUGGCUUGCUGGAUCACGGAGUAGGAUCCUGACUAUCGAUAAUCUGCGCAAGAGGGCCUUGGUGAUGCCUACCUUCUUUGCCUUCGGGAUGCUAAAUCAGUGGAUCACUUGUUUCUUCAUUAUUGUUUUUCUUCAAUUUGGUCUGUAGUUUUAUCUUCUUUUGGUGUCUGCUGGGUAAUGUCGGGUUCUAUUGCAGAUCUCUACUUAUCCUAGCAUGCUGUUUUUCUUUUCCGUUCUUGUUUUUUUUUUUUUUUUUUAAAUAAAUUUUUAUAUCGCCCCUUUUGUUUUGUUGUUUUGUCUUUGGCCCUUGGCCUUUAAUAAAGUGCAUUAACUUU